CCGAAUUUACUGGUAAGGGCUUGUCAUCUGUGUUCGAUUACCACCCUGUUGUAUCGAACCCAGAUGGGAAGAAACCACCCACGUGUUUGCCGUGCGUGGAGACCCGUGUCCCUGGAAAAGGGGAUCCUGGCAGUUGAGGGGCAUCUUGGUACCCCAAUACACUGCUUUGGCCCGUGCUUCAGGUAAACGGGUGGUGCAUAUUGGCCUGUCUGCAUCAAUCGGCUGGUGACAAUCGUCAUCUGUUGACUAGGGUCAAGACCGGGGUCACCUACUGGGCACUUCGUUAAGGGUGGAGGCUGCCUCAGGGGUGACUCAAGGUCGUAUAACUAUUGGUCAGCAUCGGUGUUAAGUAACAGAUUCCACUCUGUUACUUGCAUCCCCUUGGUUGGACUCCGUGGUGGGUGAUGCCGCUGGUAGUCGAAAUGAUUUUUUUAAUUUUCUAUGGCUGAAAGUAGCAAGAUGUUCAGUUCCGCACACCAAAACAAAAACAGCGGAACAAUCUCCUCACCGUUUGAAUACGCUCGAUUCUACAUCAUAACGCUCACGAACCCUGAAGUACCCAACACUUCAUUUACCAAAGUCUGGCCGUUUCUGAUUCACAAGGCUCUUCUCUCAAUACUGGAAGAAGUAGCCUCGGUGAAAAAGUUAAGCUCGGGUGACCUUUUAGUUGAGGUCUCCCAAAAACAAGCUACUAUCUUAACUAAAUGUACCAAUAUCUGCUCCUUCCCUGUUACAGUAUCGCCUCAUAAGACUCUUAACACCUCUCGAGGUGUCAUAUCACAAUCUGAAUUCCUCGAUGAUGCAGAGGAAACAAUUGUGGGAAAUUUAACCGACCAACAUGUUACUGCUGUCCGUAGGAUCAAGAUUAGGAGGGAUGGGAAACUCAUUCCAACGAAACAUCUGAUCCUUACUUUUGACACACCGAAAUUACCAUCUUCGGUUAAGCUUGCCUGGCAUAACUGCCCUGUACGACCAUAUGUGCCAAACCCAUUAAGGUGCUUUCAGUGCCAAAGGUUUGGACACUCUAAAGUAUCUUGUCGUAGCAAGCCCAUUUGUUCUGGAUGCUCUGGAUCUGACCAUGAUGACACUGACUGUGAGUUGCCACCCCUCUGCAUUAACUGCAAGGGUGCUCACCCUGCAUACUUCAGGAGUUGUCCAAAAUGGUCCCAAGAGAAAGAGAUACAAAGUGUCAAAGUAUUGCAAAACGUGACGUUCGAUGAAGCCCGCCGAAUAGUAACCACCCCCACUCCUCAUCCGGGUGUGUCCCAUUCUGCGGCUGCCAAGACUUUAUUUUGCUCUGUCAGUUCGCAAGCGGACCUUCCACCUUUGCCCUCUACCUCUCAUCACCAGACUAAAACUACAGUCCAGAAACCAAAAUUCAAUUUUAAUACACCAUCAACAUCAAAUAGAACAACAUCUCCUCCUCCUAAGAAAACUUCUAAAAUUGAUAACGCAGAAAAAGUCCGACCAUUCCCCAAACAGCUUCCAACAACAAAAAUACCUCAAACUAAAAAACCUGGCAUAACUCGGAAGAAAAAAGACCCAAAAUACGUCAAUCAAUCCACUUCUUCUACUCAGAAGAUGGAUUUAGACGUAGAAUUAUCUCUUCUUCCUUCCGACUAUGAAUUUCUACCAGACUAA